UGGCAUUUUUAUCCAGUAGCCCAUUCAAAAAACAUCCGUGAAUAUUUUCUACAACAAUAUCAAAAAAUCUAGUCUACGAGACAUAUUUACCAUUGAAUGCUUCGAAGCUUGGGCACACAUAUUAGUUUUCUACCUUUAUUUUCCAGUUGUAAGUGGUUUUAGUUCUACUGACUAUGUGUUCCAAAACCAAUGAACGUGCUACGCGACUCCAUGAACCGGGAAGGGUUUGCCGGGAACUACUGUAUCUCAGAUCAAAGGUGCCCGUACGAGAAGUCCCUGCCUUUACCUUUCAGGCACUGCAGCCCAACACGGUGGUAAAGCCACCUCCAAAGAUUGACAUUUUCAAACGGAAGCCCGUGAAGGAGACCGUCUUCAAAAUCUAUUUCAAUCGCGGGGACAUUCCGUGCGUGAUGUCCGGCCGGAGCAGCAAACAGGAUCCCACCAAGGAGCGACCGGUGAAGUGGCACUGUGUGCCGGAGAAUCUCGACUACUGCUACUACUUGCCCAUCUUCGUGGACGGACUGGCGGACAUGGACUACGACACUCGGUUGCUGGCCGUCAAUGGGGCCAUCGAUCUCAUCAUGAGGGCCCCCAAAAAGGUGCUCCCAGUGCUCCCCAAGUUGAUCCUGCCACUGAAAAGGGCCUUUCAGACCCGAGACAAGCGGAUUAUCAUCUCCGCCCUUCAAGUCAUUCAGCUGAUGGUCCGAUUGGGUCCCUGUGUGGGUCAGGCUCUGGUGCCCUUUUACCGCCAAUUGCUGGCCGUUUGCAACCUUUACAAGAACAUCAACGUGAAUCUGGGCGAGGGAAUCGAUCCGGAUCGUAACUGUCGCAUCGGUGACGUCAUCGAGGACACCCUAAAGUUGCUGGAGUACUGCGGAGGUCCCAAUGCCUUCAUCAACAUCAAGUACAUGGUUCCCACCUACGAGAGCAGCGUCUUCCCCAGAUGCGAAGCUCCUGUGCCCCGAUAAUCCUGUGAUUUCCGCUUUCCAGUUCGCCAUUCUUCAGUUAACGUUUCAGUUAACGAACAUUCGCGAUAGAGUUUAAGCUGCUAAAUUGAAGUUUGUGAACCUUCAAAUCGGGGAUAAGUAAAAGCCAAAUUUUUGCACUAAUUUGGCAUGGUAAACAGUUGAAAAA